AUGGCACCAAAUAGUAACAUUCAUUGGGAUCCUGAAAAUGUUAAAAAUUUUGAUUUUAAUUCAAUUAAAGUAUUAAUUGUUGGUGGUACAGGUGGUCUAGGAAACGCGAUUGCAACAGAAUUAGUCAAUAAAGGUUCUGAUGUGACAGUUAUUGGACGUACUUUUCGUGAUAAUGAAAAAUCAAAUUUACAUUUUAUUAAAGCAGAUUUAUCAUUAGUUAAAAAUUGUGAAGAUGUUGUGAAAAAUUUAAGAAAAGAUAAUACAGUUAAUGAUUUUACUCAUGUUAUUUUCACUUCUGGUAUCUUUUCAUCAAGAACUAGACAAGCUACUGAAGAAGGUAUUGAAAGAGAUAUGGCAAUUUCUUAUUUAAGUAGAUAUAUUAUUUUAAAAGGUAUUCAAUCUCAAUUAACAAAAACUUUUAAAACUAAUGAUAUUCAAGCAAAACCAAGAGUAUUUGUAAUGGGAUUCCCAGGUAAUAAUAAUGCAGGUAAUCCGGAUGAUAUGAAUGGUAAACCUGAAAAUUAUAAUUUCUUAAAGGUUCAUAUGAAUACAGUAGCAGCUAACGAAGCUUUAGUAUUACAUUACGCAAAAGAAACUACUUCAUUUAAUAUUUUUGGAUUAAAUCCAGGUAUUAUUAAGACAAAUAUUCGUACUAAUUUAACAGGUACUGGUUUUUUGGCAAGAAUGAUGGAAAACGUAAUGAGUUUUUUCCAACAAACUCCAGAAUCUUAUGCUUCAAAAAUUGUACCACUUUUAGUAACUUCGGAGAUUGAGAAUAAUAAUGGUUCUAUGUUUGACAAUAACGCAAAUGGAUUAUUAAGAUCUGAAAAUGUCGUUCCAAAUGUAGAAAAAUUCUGGGAAAAUUCUUCAAAACUUGUGGACUUAGCUAAUUCAAAAUAA